AUACAAAAUGUAGGAAUGAUCCACCAAUUGCGUCCAUUGUCGUUAUUAAUUACAUGCAAUAGAUUAGGGACAAUCACGGAGUAAUAGUUUUUUUAAGUUCGGUUUGUAAUUUAUGUGUCCGGUUUAACUUAUAUAAAGACAAAAAAAGUCCUGGUUAAUGUUUGGUGAGAAUCGGUUUAUAAAAGGUUUUUUUUUUCCAUACCGUUCACAGAUAGUUUUGUUUGUUGUGUUGUUAAGAGCCGCCACCACCACCUGCUUCUCUCUCUUUAACUCUCUCUAAACCCAUGGAUUCCGUUCGGCUUCCAACGGCGCCAUCCACUCUCCGUAGCCACAUUCCCCUGCCAUCAAAACCAGUGAUCGGAAUCACUCACUUCUCCCGCUCUCGGAUCCCAGUGGCUGUUAUGUCACGAGACGAAACAUCUAUGGCUCCGCCGCCUCCAAAGGCUCCUUUACCACGGCUCAAAGUCUCUCCGAAUUCGUUGCAAUACCCAGCCGGUUACCUCGGUGCGGUACCAGAACGUACGAACGAGCCUGAGAACGGAAGCAUAGUCGAAGCUAUGGAGUAUUUGACGAAUAUACUGUCCACUAAGGUUUACGACAUCGCCAUUGAGUCACCACUUCAAUUGGCUAAGAAGCUAUCUAAGAGAUUAGGUGUUCGUAUGUUUCUUAAAAGAGAAGACUUGCAACCUGUAUUCUCGUUUAAGCUUCGUGGAGCUUACAAUAUGAUGGUGAAACUUCCAGCAGAUCAAUUGGCAAAAGGAGUUAUCUGCUCUUCAGCUGGAAACCAUGCUCAAGGAGUUGCUUUAUCUGCUAGUAAACUCGGCUGCACUGCUGUGAUUGUUAUGCCUGUUACAACUCCUGAGAUUAAGUGGCAAGCUGUAGAGAAUUUGGGUGCAACGGUUGUUCUUUUCGGGGAUUCGUAUGAUCAAGCACAAGCACAUGCUAAGAUACGAGCUGAAGAAGAGGGUCUGACGUUUAUACCUCCUUUUGAUCACCCUGAUGUUAUUGCUGGACAAGGGACUGUCGGGAUGGAGAUCACUCGUCAGGCUAAGGGUCCAUUGCAUGCUAUAUUUGUGCCAGUUGGUGGUGGUGGUUUAAUAGCUGGUAUUGCUGCUUAUGUGAAGAGGGUUGCUCCCGAGGUGAAGAUCAUUGGUGUAGAACCAGCUGAUGCAAAUGCAAUGGCGUUGUCGCUGCAUCACGGUGAGAGGGUGAUAUUGGACCAGGUUGGGGGAUUUGCAGAUGGUGUAGCAGUUAAAGAAGUUGGUGAAGAGACUUUUCGUAUAAGCAGAAAUCUAAUGGAUGGUGUUGUUCUUGUCACUCGUGAUGCUAUUUGUGCAUCAAUAAAGGAUAUGUUUGAGGAGAAACGGAACAUAUUGGAACCAGCAGGGGCUCUUGCGCUCGCUGGAGCUGAGGCAUACUGUAAAUAUUAUGGCCUAAAGGACGUGAAUGUAGUAGCCAUAACCAGUGGUGCUAACAUGAACUUUGACAAGCUAAGGAUUGUGACAGAACUCGCCAAUGUCGGUAGGCAACAGGAGGCUGUUCUUGCUACACUCAUGCCGGAAAAACCUGGAAGCUUUAAGCAAUUCUGUGAGCUGGUUGGACCAAUGAACAUAACCGAGUUCAAAUAUAGAUGUAACUCGGAAAAGGAGGCUGUUGUACUAUACAGUGUCGGAGUUCACACUGCCGGAGAGCUCAAAGCACUACAGAAGAGAAUGGAAUCUUCUCAGCUCAGAACUGUCAAUCUCACAACCAGUGACUUAGUGAAAGAUCACCUGCGUUACUUAAUGGGAGGAAGAUCUACUGUUGGAGACGAGGUUCUAUGCCGAUUCACCUUCCCCGAGAGGCCUGGUGCUCUAAUGAACUUCUUGGACUCUUUCAGUCCACGGUGGAACAUCACCCUUUUCCAUUACCGUGGACAGGGUGAGACGGGCGCGAAUGUGCUGGUCGGGAUCCAAGUCCCUGAGCAAGAAAUGGAGGAAUUUAAAAACCGAGCUAAAGCUCUUGGAUACGACUACUUCUUGGUAAGUGAUGACGACAAUUUUAAGCUUCUGAUGCACUGAGUUUGAAGCUGUGAUUGAUAAUCCAAAUCCCAGGAAGAAGAAGAACCCAUCAGAGUCUUCCUUCUGAUCAUGGUUGUUCUUGAGCUUCUUUUGUCUGUUUUCUCUCGGGUCCGUCGGAUGAGCGUUUUAGUAACGGUAGUUGAAUGAGUAAAAUCUCUCUAUAUGAUUAUUGCUCGUAAUCCAUAAUAAAAUCUCUCUAUGAUUAUUGCUCUUAAUCCAUAAUAAAAUCUCUUUUUGAAUAUGUAAAUUAUAUGAUGCUUAGUAUUGAUCUU